GAGUGCGAGUUCUGUGCGAUUCAGAUACUCGCUGCCAUCCGAACCGAACUGAAGUCCAAGUCGAAUCUAAUGUGCGUACUUACGUGUAGAGCAGUUCAAGAAAAUGUGCAGACAUUCAACGGUCGCAUUUGUGUGGAUGUGUGGUUGUAGUGAAGAGUGCCAGCAUUAAUCGCAUUUUUCCCCUGCACGAGCACCACGACUAGAAAAUACUCGACACGUCUGUCUGUUUUUUCUGUUUUUCUGCUUUACUGCUUCUACGCUAUUUUGCUUUUCCGUUUCGGUUUUCCUCCGCUUGGCCUAGUGAAAAACAACAAAUUUGAUAUAUUGUGUAAGUUAUGUCUAGCAUUGAAAAGAUGAAAAGUGUCAUUCCUAUAAAUACACCACCUCGGGAAAGGCAGUCGCAAUAGAGAAACUGGCCAAAACCCAGCACCAGACACAACAAACAAAGGAACCGCUGAAUAUAACCAAACUUCGGAGUAGGGGCUGAGCCAAAAAGUAUAGUGCGCAGCCAUCAUGACUAACUCACCACCCAAAACGCCAGCCCAAGUACAGAAAAUCGAUAUUCUAGUCGCGCUGUAACGCUGCGUAGCUGCUAAAUACACAGCUCCUACCUGCAAACAACUCGAAUACAAAAACAAAAAAUAAAAACUACGAAUAACAAAACAGUCAGGCGAGGCAUUAGUAUACCGAAAAGCGAAAACCACUUCCGCCAAUGGUCGAAAUCGCCGUCGCCAUCUCGACAUUCAGCUAGCCAUAUAGCAAAUGUCUUACAUAUCAUACCGAUAUAAUAGAAACCAUCUGUGAUACGCGUGUACCUUAAAAAUGAACUAACUUUGCACCGAUCGAGGGUAUCACUGGGAAAUUAACGAUGCGUCUUGUCCGCAGUAAAUGUUGUCAACGUGAUGUUUCUGUAACCGACUAUCUGAACACCCCGCAUCCGCACCAGCACCAUCCAUCGUCCACCGACGUCCAGCACACCAAAAACAUAUUCACACGCUACUGGGACGACCACAUAAGAAUGAAGGAAUCGAGCGAGGGCAAGUCAAGGGCCAAGGCCUCAUCUGCUGCCGCAUCCGCAUCCGCCACACCAUCGUCAUCUUCAGCACCUGCCAAACAAACCCAGAGCGUUACGUUCGUGAGGACCAGUAAUGCACCAGCUGUUUGCGACGCCAACGGGAACGGGAAUGGGAGCUCCAUCCAAACGGAGUGGACAUUCCCCCCAAAGGCGCCCACACCGCACAUCUACAAUUGCCUGAGUCCGGACAUGAUGGCCUCAAGUGAUAAGAGCAGCUUUAAGGGAUUUCGCAAGCAAUUCAGUGGACGGUUCAAGCGCCUAGUUACUCGAAAAGUGGAACACACUCCAGUGAUACCUCCAGAAUUGAAGCCGCAACUGAAAACAAUAUACGUUUACUAACUUAAGAUGUAACGACAAUUGCAAGCACAAGUGUUUUCCCCACUAUAUACGUAUGCACCUGAUCGGUUGGCGUAUACAUAUGUAUGUAAAUGGCAGGAAACAUUAGUGAUAGGAAAAUCAAGAUAAACUAAGUAAUCAUAAUACCAUUCUGAUUGACAAUUUUAAGUAUUCAGCGAAUCGUGCGUAUUGUUAGGCUCAAUAAAAAACGAACAUUGCAAAGGCAGACGAGGUUUAAAAUGAAUUGGAACAAGAGUCACGGGGUUCAUGAAAUACAUAUCGAGAAAGAAUAUACAAAAAUGUUCAAACAUCUGCUGGUAUUACAGGCACCGAAACGAAUCUAUGUAUUUGCUUCUUUUUCAAAUAAGUUAAAGGAACCUACUAUCCCUAUCCCUACAUGUUCAUUAAUUACGAUUAAAGAAAUAGUUUAAUUACCAAA